AUGAGAUUGGAAAUGCAUGAAAUGCAGCUAGCCAUGGCUAAGGUGCAAAAGGGGCCCGAACCACUCGUCACUCCUACUCCCCCACCGGAACACACGCCGGAAUACCCUUCUCCCGGCCCUUCAACAAGCUUCCCAAGCUACCACUACUAUCAGGGAAGAGAUGCCUAUGAUCCCCAAGCUCCGCCACCCAAUCAAAACCCUCCACCACCAAAUGUUCCUGUCUUUGUGGCACCUCUCCCAGCCACAUUACAAAGAUCGUCUAGUGAACCACUGUUCCAAGUUCACGACACCCAAUAUUUUCCUCCUGAACCCACUUUUAAAGCUCCUGAGCCAUACACAUAUACACCCCAAUUUGGGAUCCUAGAGGAAGCUGAGAAACCGGUUAAGAACACAGAACACGAGGAG